AUGUUUACUAGUUUCAUCGUUUUGAUCAUUCUAGAUAGCUCAUUUGGAUUCAUUAAAUAUGAUACAGGUCUAUUAAAGGUAUAUGAUUACGAAGUUUCCAGCUUUAAUUGUUAAAAUGGAUUCUCUAAAACAGCCACAAUAAAUUUUGCAGGAACAUUUGAAAAUUAACCUUAAGUAUUUUUUUAUUUGGAGAAAAUUGAUUUAGAGAGGGCUGAAUUAGAGUUUAAACUAUCAAUUACAACAAUAACAGUAACAAGUAAAUAUAAUGUUAAAUAGGUUUCUAAACUUUAAUUAGCUGUGCAAAAUAUAGGGUUUAUAGAACUUAGAUUAGAUGGUUUGCUAUAGAUGAUUAGCGUAUUGAAGUUAUUAAUAAUUUUAAUAUGAUAAAUCCAGAUGAUAAAACAUUUUAAAUUAAAAAUCCAAAUGCUUAAUAUGGUUUCUUAACUUUAACCAGUAUUCAUUUUACAGGUCAAAUAGAUUUUUAAUUAUCAGUAUUUAUAAAAAACUAAAGAUAAGAUUAGUUCUAUAACAACAAAUUCUGCGACUGUUACUAUAACCAAAGUUUCUGGUAAAUUUGCUAAUCUUAAAUAAAUUGGUUAUUAAUUAGUUGUAGGAGUUUAAGAAGCAUUCAUCAAUUUAGGAUUAAUGACACCAACAGGUGGUUUUAGUAGUGGAGCAUUGCCAAUUUAAACAAAUAGAUGGUUUUUCAUUGCUUUGUAGGGUCUUAAUUAUAAUUAUGCUGAUAAUAUUAGAAUUGAAACAUUAUUUACUAAUACAGCCACUACAUUAUCUUAUACCUUUGGAGCAUGUAAUAUUAUUUAUUAUAAUCUUAAUUAGGGUAAGGAGUAACUGAAACACCAAAUAGACAUUCUUAAAUUUGGAUUGCUUAUUAAUUUACUUAUUCAUACAAAGCUCUUGAAUGCUUCAGUGUAAGAACAAGUCGUAGAGAAGCAUUUGAUUUAACAAUUUUGCCACCCAUUUAUUUAGAAUUAGUUUCACUAAAUCAAAUUUAUACUACUAUAGGAAAUUAUAACUAUAUAAUAAAUAAGUCAGUUUAACCUGUCAAUAUAGUUAUUUUAUUAGGAUGUCCAAAUGGAAAAAAGGUCAAAGCAGAAUUUAAUAAAUGUAAUUCAUGCAGUACAUAAAAGUUUUAUUCUAUUACUUAUAAUUGUUUUAAUAAAAUGAACUAUGUUGGCUUUUACCCAGUAUUUAAACAAGCAUUUUAAUAAUAUAAUCAAUUAAAAAUUAAUAUGUAAUCCUCAUCACUUGAGAUCACUUAAGUUCUUUAUGAUUAAAAAAUCACCGAACAAUUAAUAAUCAAAGUUUAAAUUUUAAAUUAAUGA